CAAAGGUCCCAGUAACAUAAACAACACUUUAUGUAUAAAAUCUCCAUUUUUUACUUGGGCCGGCUAAUCCUUGCCUAAACCCCAACCAAAACCCCUCUCUCUCUCUCUCUGUCUUUCAUCUCCAGCCGCCAUUUCUACUGUUAUCACCUCCACGCGCCGCCACCAUGCAGGCCGCAUUCCUAACUCCCGGCCCACGUGUCACCCUAAAGCCCGCGACCCACCAAAGUGGCGCCAACCCACGACUCCCCUUCGCCGUUAGGGCCUCCAUCUCCAACGUGGUCCAAUCUCCGCCGUCGAUCGCCGUGGAAUCCCCACCGUCUGCGGCGCUUACCCAGAAGCUCAACAAGUACAGCGCGCAAAUAACUGAGCCCAAGUCCCAAGGUGGGUCUCAGGCCAUUCUCCAUGGGGUGGGGCUUUCUGAAGACGAUAUGAGCAAACCCCAGAUUGGGAUAUCGUCGGUGUGGUACGAAGGCAACACGUGUAACAUGCACCUGUUGAGCCUCUCGGAGGCUGUCAAAGAAGGGGUUGAAGCAGCUGGAAUGGUGGGGUUUAGGUUCAACACCAUUGGGGUCAGUGAUGCCAUUUCUAUGGGGACUAGAGGAAUGUGCUAUAGCUUGCAGUCUAGGGACUUGAUUGCUGAUAGUGUUGAGACUGUUAUGAGUGCUCAGUGGUAUGAUGGUAAUAUCUCAAUUCCUGGUUGUGACAAAAAUAUGCCAGGUACAAUUAUGGCCAUGGGCCGCCUUAACCGACCGAGUAUCAUGGUAUAUGGUGGGACUAUCAAGCCUGGUCACUUUCAAGGUCAUACUUACGAUAUAGUAUCUGCCUUUCAGUGUUAUGGAGAAUAUGUAGGUGGAUCCAUAAGCGAUGAGCAGAGGAAGAGCAUAAUUAUGAACUCAUGUCCUGGGGCAGGGGCUUGUGGUGGCAUGUAUACAGCUAAUACAAUGGCUUCUGCUAUUGAAGCUAUGGGAAUGUCCCUUCCGUACAGCUCCUCUACACCUGCUGAAGACCCACUGAAGUUGGAUGAGUGUCGUUUAGCUGGAAAAUAUCUUCUAGAAUUGUUAAAAUUGGACUUAAAGCCUCGAGAUAUCAUCACGGAAAAGUCAUUACGAAAUGCCAUGGUUAUUGUCAUGACACUAGGUGGUUCUACAAAUGCUGUGUUACACUUAAUUGCAAUUGCAAGGUCUGUUGGACUGGAAUUAACUCUUGAUGAUUUUCAGAAGGUCAGCGAUAAGGUUCCAUUCCUCGCAGAUCUUAAGCCUAGUGGGAAGUAUGUUAUGGAGGAUAUCCACAAGAUUGGAGGAACACCAGCGGUUAUUCGGUACCUUUUGGAGCUUGGAUUCUUAGAUGGGGAUUGUAUGACUGUUACUGGGAGGACACUGGCUGAAAAUGCAAAAAGUUUCCUUCCUUUAUCUGAAGGCCAGGAUAUCAUAAGACCAGUAGAAAGCCCCAUCAAGAAAACAGGACACCUCCAAAUAUUAUAUGGAAAUCUUGCACCCGAAGGUUCUGUAGCCAAAAUUACUGGAAAAGAGGGGAUAUAUUUCUCAGGUCCCGCACUUGUCUUUGAAGGCGAGGAAUCAAUGCUUGCAGCUAUCUCUGACGAUCCAGCAAGGUUUAAGGGAAAGGUUGUGGUUAUUAGAGGAGAGGGGCCUAAGGGAGGACCAGGCAUGCCCGAAAUGUUGACGCCUACUAGUGCAAUCAUGGGAGCAGGUCUAGGGAAGGAGGUCGCGUUAUUGACAGAUGGUAGGUUUUCAGGAGGCUCACAUGGAUUUGUUGUUGGCCAUAUAUGCCCCGAAGCACAGGAAGGCGGUCCUAUUGGAUUGAUCAAAGACGGAGACAUCAUCAAAAUUGAUGUUCAGAAUAGGAUAAUAGAUGUUGAUCUAACAGAUGAUGAAUUGGAAAGGCGUAGAAAUAAUUGGGUUCAACCACCAUACAAGGCUACCUCUGGAGUUCUCUUCAAGUACAUCAAGAAUGUGGAGAAAGCUUCACGCGGAUGCGUGACCGACGAGUAGUGGACAAGUACAUUUUCAUGGUGGCAUUACCUAGACAUAAACUACCAUUUUCCGGUGACCGAUGAUGAAGGCGGCUUUUUUUCUUUUUCUUUUUCGAUGUCUGUUUAGCUUUUAGAAUUUUAUUUUGUAUGUAUUUAAGUUGUUGAGAAUGGUACAAGUGUUUUCUUUUGAGAGGAUAUUCCAUGUUACCAUUCUACAAAACCUCUUCUCUUCAUUUGGUUGUGCUGUCUUGAGUUCUAAGCAGCAUCGCUUCCACUAGAAAGGAAAAGAAUAGAAUGAUCUCCAAGUUAUGGGGAAGGUGAUGAACAAAUAUCCUGAGAAUGUUUUAAACAAACCCAACAAAAUAACUAAAUUUAUGGGAAAUUGGAAGACUUUGAAAAAUA